AUGUUCAAUUUGAAAGCCAAGCAUGGAAUGACUUAUAGUUAUUAUUCCGACUGGCUAAUGUUGUUUGUGUCCUUGUUACCGGAUGGGAAUGUGGUACCUAACAAUUUAAAUGAGGCGAAGAAAACACUUUCAGUAUUAGGGAUGGGGUAUGAAAAAAUUCAUGCAUGUCCAAACAACUGUAUUUUGUAUAGAGGGGACCACCAUGAAGCUGAGAUCUGCCCAGAAUGUAGUACAUCACGGUAUAAGAUUGGAAAGAAUGGAGCUGUGAGGGACGGGGUUCCUGCAAAGGUUUUGUGGUACUUCCCUAUAAUACCGAGAUUCAAAAAGAUGUUCCAGUCACCAAAGACAGCGAAGGCCUUGACUUGGCAUGCCGAUAGGAAAAAAGAUGCCAUGAUGCGGCAUCCAGCUGAUUCACCAACCUGGAAAUUGAUCGACACAAAGUGGCUAGAAUUUGGGAAAGAAAAAUAG